GUUCGCCCUAUCCUCAACAUGAAGAGUAAUUUUACGGGACGUAAAUCAAGAUGGACCGAGAUGCUGAACUCCCAUUUUUGUCACAUAGAUCGGUGUUGGUGUGUAAAUCAGGAUGUGUCGCGUCUUCACAGCAGCUUGCCACAAAUAUUGGAAUAGAUAUACUGAAGAAAGGGGGUAAUGCAGCUGAUGCUGCUAUAGCUGUAGCUGCAGCCUUAAAUGUGACAGAACCAACUAGUACUGGUAUAGGUGGUGAUGCUUUUUGUCUCUACUUUGAUAAUGAAACAAAGAAAGUUCAUGGGAUGAAUGGCAGUGGUAGAGCUCCAGGAAAACUAACCUUAGAAUUGUUAAAUAAAGAAGGAUUUACAGAGAAAAAUAAGUUUCCGGCUAACCAUGGUCAUACAGUAACAGUACCUGGAGCAGCUGCAGCUUGGUGUGAUACUGUUGAUAAAUUUGGCAGUGGCAAGUUAACCUUGGCUGAUACACUAGAACCAGCUAUAAAACUUGCUGAGGAUGGAUUCCCUGUACAGAAAAUAACUGCACAUGCUUGGAAACAAGGUAGCCAUUUGCUACUGGAACCUGGCAAUACUGAUGGGCAGGAUCUUCUACUUAAUGGCAAGGCACCAGGGCAUGGAGAUAUCAUGAAAAAUCCUAAACUAGCAACUACUUUCAGGGAGUUAGCAGCUAAUGGGAAGAAAGGAUUUUACGAGGGAAGAAUUGCUCAAGCAAUAUGUGAUGCAGUAUCAAAGUUUGGUGGAGUUAUGUCCCUUGAUGACCUGAAGAAUCAUGUCACAACAUUUGAAGACCCAAUAAAGACUAGUUAUAAAGGUCAUAAUGUUUGGGAGAUUCCACCAAAUGGACAGGGGAUAACAGCAUUGAUGGCCUUGAAUAUUUUGGAAGAGUUUAACUUGAAAGAAAUGGGUCAUAACUCUGCUCAGUAUUUACACACACUGAUAGAGGCAUUACGUUUGAGUUUUGCUGAUACAUUCAAGCAUUGUGCAGACCCCUCUAAGGUACAUGUUCCUGUUGACAAGAUGUUAUGUAAGAAUUAUGCUGCAGAAAGACGGAGGCUUAUCAGCAAGGAAAGAGCUAUACCUGAAGUAUGUCAUGGAGAGAGUUUGUCAGGUAGUGACACAGUCUACUUCAGUGUAGUUGAUCGUCGUGGUAACGCUUGCUCAUUUAUCAACAGUAAUUAUAUGGGAUUUGGGACUGGUAUUGUACCCAGUAAUUGUGGUUUCACCCUGCAGAACAGAGGGUACAACUUUACCCUAGAACCUGGACAUCCUAAUGUGAUAGCACCAAAUAAAAGACCAUACCAUACCAUAAUACCUGCCAUGGUGACGUCUGGUGAAACUGGAGAGUUACUUGCCAGUUAUGGUGUAAUGGGAGGUUUCAUGCAGCCUCAAGGUCAUGUACAAGUUUUACUUAACAUGCUGGAGUUUGGAAUGGAUCCUCAAAUGGCCCUAGAUAUGCCUCGAUUCUGUAUAGGCCAUGGACAUACGGUGAAGUCAGGUAGUCUUGAACAUGUAGCACUGGAGUAUGGUAUCCCAGACAAUGUGGUCAAACAAUUACAGGACAUGGGUCAUGGUGUAACACCUCAUGUGGCAGGAUUCUCAAGGUCACUGUUUGGUAGAGGUCAAAUUAUUGCUCGAGGAAAAUGGCCAUUUAAACCAGACAAUGAUUGUUACUGGGCAGGUUCAGACCCUAGAGCUGAUGGGAUGGCUAUUGGAUAUUAGGAUCAUAUUGAUUGUAUUCAGUAAAGGAACAUGUCUCUUCAAAAAUAUCAACUUUUUCAUAUCUAUAUAUAUAUUGUUAAAGAAAUAGUGUUGAAUAAUGAGAAUGUUUUAUUAUCAUUCUUUAAAUUGAAAUGUUUGGAAACAAAGUCAUAGUUAAAUUCUUGUUCUAUGACCUACUUAUAUACUUGGUAGUGAUUUAAACACAAGAUUGUUCUGUUAUUUUUCACUCAAUUAAUAUCUUUGGACUGGUGUGAAUGUAUAAUUAUAAUGAUUAUGUUUGAUUAAAAGUUCAAAACAUUCUGAACAUUUAAGAAAAUUUGGAGGCAUGCCCUGUUAAUGAUUUGCAUUGAAAUGUUACUAGUCAGAUUAUAUUACUCAGGUUUUUCAUCUUAUCAUAUAAAGAUGUGUUGUUUUUUUGUGUAUGUUUGGUUGCGAAGAUUUUUUAAGCUUGGUAAAUGAUUGUUAUAUGACAGUUAUAUAGCCUAACUGUGAUGUGUACAGAAUAAGGCCAUAGUGAAUGAAUUAACUGAUCUCAGCAAGCUUUACAAUGUUGUACUUUUAUUACAUGAUUUAUAUUUGUCUAUUCAAGAUGUUUAUGUUAUGUAUAUGAAGCUGUUUUAAUUUCAUGAAUUAAGUUUUCAUAAAAAAAGAUAGCAAUUAUUUUAUAUUAAAGACUUUUGACAGGUUACCGGUAUAUGACAAUGUGUAAAAUGUUGUUUAUUAUAUAACCCUUGCUUAGUGACUUGGUUAUAUAAUCUUACUGUUUACAUUGGGUCAUACAUGUAUAAUCUGUCAAAAAACUUUAAGACUACAUAUAUUCAAGUGUUAUAGCUUGUUUGUCUUGCAGAAGUUUUGAUUUUUUUGUGUUAUAUUUGAAACAUGUGUAUUUUGAUAAAUUAAUCUUUGUCCUAAUGUCAUACAGACUUCAUAUAAUGGAAUUUUGAAAAAUUCUUUUUUAAUUUUAAGGAUUUAAGUUUAAAGAAUCUAAAAUUAAGAAACCAACAGUUUAGAGCCCAGUUAGACUGCAUUGAUGUACAGGUUUGCCUUGUCUUAUACUGGCAGUAUAUAUCUGCAUGAAAAAAGUGUUUUGCAUCAUGUGUUAAAAGACUAAGAAAUCCAUUGACGAAGAAUACUACAAACAUUUUGUGAAAAAGACCUUUGUCUCUCAUUUGAAAUUCUACAAUUCAUUCCAUUCAUUUUUUAAUACUUUUAAUACCAUAUCAUUUGAAAUAUGUAAAUUUCAGUAUGAAUUUAACCCUUGACUUGCUGGAACCAAAUUCGAUAGUCUGUUAUGUCCUUAUAUCGUAUAUAUCCAGAUUUACAAGAAUACAAUAACUAGUUGUCAACUUUUAUUCCAUGUCAUAGGCAUUUCCGGAAGAACAUGCACAUGUAUACAUGUAUAUAUCAUCUUUAUACAUGACAAUUUUAAAUUUAUGUAUUAAUUUGUGUGAAAUUAAUAAUAGAGUUGAUUACUAUUACAAGCAUUAUAAAUAGAUUUUAUUGGCAAUUUAUAAUAUUGCACAUUUGUAAUGUUGCUUUAUUUAGAUAAUUUUGAUGUUUAGAUAAUCUAUAUAAAUGGCUACUGUCACUUUAUAAGGUAUUUUUUGUUGUUGUUUUUUUUCCAGUAAAGUAAUUCUACUGUAUCAGGUGUAUUAAUUUUUAUUAAGAUGUCUGACAUGUUAAUUGCCCUAUGUAAGUGGGUUUGCAAUAAACACUUGCUUAGCAGCUUUCAACUUUCUAUAUCAAACUAUAUAAACUUGUCAGAUGUCUUUAUAACUAAUAUUAUAAGUGGUUGUUUGCUAUUUAACAAUUUAUACUAUUAGUUAUACAAGUUGCUGACAGGAUAUAUGAGCCGUGCCAUGACAAAACCAACAUAAUGGGUUUGUGACCAGCACAGAUC